AUGACAUUUUUAUCUAUAUUCAGUAGGCCAUUAGAAAAUAUCCAACCAAAUUUAGCUAAAGAGAACUUUGUUAUCAUUUACGUGCAUACUGAACGUGAAGAGCGCACGACAGAAGAAGUGAUGAUAUUCCAUGACGAACAACUAGUUGACCUAAUAAAACAUCAAAAGAAAAAGACAAGAGUUAACAAUGUGCAAAUGUUUAUUACUUAUAAAAGGACCAUUCCUUUCGACGUUCACUAUCUGCGUCGGAUUUGGAGCAAAACCAAUUGGACAUCUUCAGGAGCGUUUAACUUUGAAUUUAUAUCAAGUCACAAGCGACUAAUUUCAAGAAAAGGUUCCCGUUUUGUAAUUCAGCCUCAACGCAUCAAUAAACCAUAACAUACAAACUUGGCAACACUGGAAACAGAGUUUGAAAUUACUUCCGUGAACAUUUUUAGGAUGCCGUUUGCCUGCA